AAGAAAUUCAAAAUUUGAACCAAUUGAAGAGAUUGAUAAAGAAACUGCCAAUUUGCAAGUCUUAAAGAAGCAAAUACAAAGUUCUUCUUGUGGCACCUCUACUAGUCCUUCUCAGAACACUACUUCUAAAGAAAAGAAUAUUCAAGUCGCGAAAACUGGAUCAAAAUUGAAGUGA